GGCCCGCAUAUUCCGUCUCGGCGUGAGUUUUUGGUAAUUUGGUUAAAGUUUAGUACCAGUCCAUUCUGCUUCAUCUAACUCCUUGCCCCGUUCUCUAAUGUCGUGACUCUUCAGACAUCUUUAUUCACAAAGAAGCAACCUCGCGAUGGCCAUGCAACCAAACGAUAUUAAAAUCAAACACUGGUGCUUCAGGCCCAUAGAAACAACCCAGAUCGAUUACACCUGGAUAAUCGAUAAUUUUAGUGGCGAGUUAUCACCUAUAUCAUCGCCUGAUUUUUCAAGUCGGACCCAGAAUACGCACUUCAAAUUAAGAUUGCAAAUGAAUGAAAUCAACAGUUCGAAUCACAAUGGUUUUUAUUCCAUUCUCAUAAUCUUUCUUUCCACUGUGAAACGACCACUGACAAUAAAGUUUAUUUUUUCAAUCGUCGAUAACAACGGUAAAAAAGCAAGAAGCAUCUGUGAUGAAGUUACAUAUGACGGUAGAGAGCCCUCUCCAAUAACUUUCAUAACGAAACGAGAUUUGAUUGCUAAUAAAGACAAAUUACUUCCGAAUGAUCGACUCACAUUGCUUUGUGGAAUGAGUGUGAUUGAAAAGGGUGAAGAGAUCUCGGGACAAACUCGUAAUGCCAAUCUGAGGAUUCCUGAGAGUGACCUCCCCGAUAAUUUGGAAUAUAUAUUCGUCAAUAAAAUUCAGUGCGAUGUGGAAUUAAUUGUCGGUCCUGAUGAUAAGAAGAUUCAGGCCCACAAAGCCAUUUUAGUCGCUCGGAGUUCACAUUUCCGGGGAAUGUUUGAGAAUGAUACAGAAGAAAGUAAAAACAAUCAAGUUACUAUCAUGAAUUUCUCACCCGACAUGAUCAAUGAAAUGUUGAAAUUCAUGUACACCGAUCGAGUUGACAAUUUGGAUGACACGGCAAAAGAUUUAUUUAUCAUCGCUAACUAUUAUGAUUUAGAAAGAUUGAACAUAAUGUGUCAAGAAUCUCUGACUAGAAACCUCACAAUUGAAAAUUGUGCUGAAACUCUUCUCCUUGCUGAUCUUCACAAUGCUGAUGCCUUGAGGCGUCGUACCCUGGAUUUCAUCAACAGACAUGCGAAAGAAGUUGUUCAAACAGCUGGAUUUCAGGCGAUCGAUGAGAACCAUCCGAGACUUGCAAUCGAGAUUUCAACAAUUUCGAGGAAUAAUCCAAUGAUAUGUCCAGUAUUAUCUGCAAUAGAUCAUCUUUUUUUGAAUUCUAAAUUGAGUGACGUUACUCUUGUCAUCGGUGAGGAACAAUUAUUUGCGCACAAAGUCGUCUUAGCUGCACAGAGCCCAACUUUUGCAGGGUAUUUCGAAACUUCAAAAACACUGAAUCGAUUGGAGAUUCUAAACAUUGAGAGUGUGAUCAUGAAGGAAGUACUGGCAUUUUUCUAUACUGGAGUGCUUAGAGAAGAGGAUGACAUCAUCAUUGUGCUGAAAGUAUUGGCUGUUGCUGAGAUCUAUAAGAUUAGGAAGUUAAAGGAACUGUGUGUCAGUAAUCUAUUGAAGAAGAUAUCGAUCGAUACAGUUGUGCCUAUCUUGAUCGAAGCAGGUGACUACAGUGUACCAGAGCUGUCAAAGAAAGCCUUGGACUUCAUUCAGACGAAUAAAGCAAAAAUCCUGUCUUUGGAUAACUUUAAGCUACUCUGCAGCAAGAAACCAGAGCUGUUGUUCAAAAUAUUGGCUCUGGAUAUCCAGAAAUAAUUUUUCAAACCUAUGAACUGUUACUAAAAUAUGUUUAAACGUUAUCUUUCAUACCUUCUGUCCAUUUACAAACAAACGAGUGAGUUAUAUUUUUCCUGAAUUAUGAAAUGAUUAGUCUUCAAAAUGUUUUAUGAGAAAUACGAUGGAUUCACCCAAACUAUGUAUUCAAUAUCAUUCCACAUGA